AUGUGCGAGAAACGUACGAGAAAAUUUAAAAGAGGUUCGAGUGUUACUCGUCUCCGCGAGGCGAGGCGCCUCCAAAGGCUGCAGUGGCUAGCGACACCAAUAGUACAGGAAGAAACACCCAGACUCGUCACGCAAAACACGCCCGAGAAGGCCGCACAAAACCGCCUCAUAUUAGACCUGGCGUGGAAAACUCUAGCUCUGAUGCACAAGAACCGCCUUAUUCAGGAAAAAAUCGUCGCCCUACAGAAGGAGACAUCCGAAUUUGUGUCAGCCAUCAUGAGCAACCCCGAAAACAAACGACGUUACUUAGAAUACGUCCGCCUUUACAACGCGGGUCAAUUGCCAGAUUUGAAAAAAGAAAUUGAGUCCAAACUAUAUUUGAAAACAGAACCGGAAUAA